AUGCACCUGAUUCAGCAUCAAGUAGCACCAUCUCCGUUGCAACACCAUCAUCAUCAUCAUCAGCAGCAGCAGCAGCAGCAGCCCCACCGACCCCAUGGAGACAUGCAAGAGCCACGCGGAUAUCAAAAACAACCCAAACACCUGCCUAUUUUAACCAUUAAAAAUUUAUUUGAUAUACAGUCAGAGUCAUCGUCUCCGUCACCAUCACCAUCAGCUACAUCACUGUUACACUCUGAUCACUCGAUGCAAUCAAAGUCCACUCCAUUCAAUCGAAGCAAUACUAGUUCGAUAUCCACUUGCGACAAUAAUCAUCAGCGUGUACACAAUCAUGGUCACUCCCACAACCACAAGACUUCAAAAAGAUUGGGCCACGGGUUAUCAGUGACCAGUUUUUGCCCUCGUGAUGAUUAUCCAAGCGAGUUUGAAGAUUCUCCUUUGUAUAACAAGGUCAUAUUGGAAGUUUACGAGCAAGAGAAGAAAAAGUCGAGUACAACAAAGAUGGCUGCAGCUAUUGAAUCUCAUACUUCGCCGCUAUCGACGCUCAAUUUCAAUUUUGAUUUUGAUAAUUGGAGUUUAGACGAGUUGCCACCCAUGGAUGACGGCAAAUUCAGUGACAGAAUUCAACACAAUACUUGUGUUGAUCCGGGACCAGAGCCGUUACUGCUGUUGCCGCUUCCAGAGGUUGAUUUCGCACAAGAGGAAUUUAGUGGCAAAGAAGUCAAGGAUCACAGUUUAGAGUUGAACUCCACGAUUGAGAGCAUGAAGGAGUUGACGUUGUUGAAUAGGUUCAAAGGCAUGAUUCGCAAAAACUCCAGUAACAUGUUUAAACGCUUGAAUAGCUCUAGUUUUGAUUUGCUUUUGUUUAGACAGGGUGGUGAUGGCAAAGAGGACGUAAGCUUGGGCGUGGGCGUGGGCGUGGGGGAUAGGUCUACCGGUGUUCUCGCAUCAUCGCUGUUGUCGAAUUUGCCAUCGCCUAGUAAGAUCAAAUUUGAAGAGCAUAUUACUGACUUGAAGGAAGUUGGGUCGUCACAUACUAUGCCAUCUGCGUCGACAUGCACCCCAACACCAAUCACUCCAAAUAACUACCAUCCAACUCCAAAUUGCAACCAUCAUAAUCAUAUUCGUCAUCAUCAUAACCGCCACCAGAAACGCAUCGCGGCCCAACUUUCCGCAUCAUCCUCAUCACCAAAACGCAAGAAAUCAUUCUUGAAUUUCCGUUCAAAUUCACUACCAUUCAACUUCUUUGAUUUCAAAUUGAAUGGCAACAACUCAUUGAAGAAGCACAACUGUCCAUUUCUCGACCCACCAAAACUGAUUUUGAAAUGCAAAGUGAACCAAAAUUAUAAUCAGGAAUCCAUUGAGUCGUUGAAACAGGACCUGAUGCAAUUUGAUGAGUUUUGGCGCAAGUUUGAAUUGAUGGAACAGGCCAAGAAUAAUUACACAAAUGAUGAAUUGUUGAAUACAAUGCGGUUGGAACAGGUGAGAAAUUAUUAUUAUGGUAAUUGA